AUGGACUUGGAAUCACUGUGCAACUUGCCUUUCACGCAGACCCGCAUUACCUUGAUUUAUUACAGCCGCUUCAUCGAAUAUUUCGCUGUGUACGCCGCGAUCUUGUACAAGCUGCGCGAGUCGGACUUCUUUGAAUUGCACCGCCAAGCGAAGAUCGUGGAUCGUCAGGUACAGACAGGAGACGAAGAACAAGCAAAUACCGAAGAGGACGGCUGGACGGGAGCCACCGUCGCGAUCACCAUGCUGAAAGCGAAGGUCGUGUCAACUCCAAUUUUGAAACAUUUCGACCCGGAUCGCCCACCAGGGAUCAUUGUCUACGCGAAUAAGUGGGCGAUCGCCGCGGCUCUGAUGCAGGAACAUAACGGUGUAUUCUGGCCAGUGACCUUCACCAGUCGCAUCUUGAAGACGAACGAGCUCAAUUACGGGAUUGUCGUGAAGGAGGUCUUUGCCUUGCAAAGAAUCUUCAACAUUUGCCACACCAUGUUGGUCGCCAAAGCGUUCAAGGCGCUGUCACGAUACUCGACGCUGGCUUGA